ACCCGCCAACAUGGUGAACGUUCCUACGACCCGCCGGACAUUCUGCAAGAAAUGUGGCAAGCACCAACCCCACAAAGUGACCCAGUACAAGAAGGGCAAAGAUUCUUUGUAUGCCCAGGGAAAGCGGCGUUAUGAAAGGAAACAGAGUGGCUAUGGUGGGCAGACUAAGCCUAUUUUCCGCAAAAAGGCAAAAACUACAAAGAAGAUUGUGCUGAGACUGGAAUGUGUGGAGCCCAACUGCAGAUCUAAGAGGAUGCUGGCUAUUAAGAGAUGCAAGCAUUUUGAACUGGGUGGUGAUAAGAAAAGAAAGGGCCAAGUGAUCCAGUUCUAA